GUGCACGGAGCAAAACAAGCAUCAAUGGAAGCCCUGCCGAUACUCGCUGCUUGCCAAGCGGCUAUAGCAUCAUCGCCGGGAUCAGAAAUAAUAAUUCCAUCACCACCAAGGCCCGCAUCAGACCAGAAUUCCAGAGGCGUUCAAGGCCCUAUUUCAAAACGCCCGAUUGACCCGACCUCCAUCACUCCUCCACCAUCCCCGCCACUGCCCGCCAGACGCCGUUCGUCUGCAACGCCCAUACGCCCACUUCUAGCCAGCGCCACCAGCCAGCACUCGAUUAUUGCCAAAAACGUUCUCAUGAGCAAGAUCAAUUUCCCUGGCUCGGAACACGCCCUGCAUCUUGAUCCCGAAGAUUCGCGCCCGCGCCCACGUUCUGCUCGGCCUCCUCUUCCUCCAAAAGUUUCCAGCCUAUCGUCCAUUGGCGACAGGGAUCCCACCCACCACCAGCACCAUGCAGAUGUAAAGGCGACCCCAACCAUAAGCGAACAUGGCCAUCCUCACAUGAUUCGGAAGGACGGCGUAGGUGUCGCUUUGAGCGAUACUCCCCUCCCGUCGCGUCCUGCCAGCCCGCGCAUGGUUCCGAUGCGUACCAUCUCUGCCAGCUCCACCCCGCGCAUACGACCUACCACCCUCGAUAUCCCCGGCCUAACAAAGUCCAAAGUCUCGCCGGAUGGCAAGAUUGCCCAGCGCGAUGUCGGCUCCAAGCUUGUCAUCGUCAUGGUCGGCCUGCCCGCGCGCGGCAAGAGCUACAUCACCAAGAAGAUGACCAGGUACCUGAACUGGUCCCAGCACGAUACCAAGAUCUUCAACGUCGGCGAAAAGCGUCGUGUUGCAGCCAACGAGCGCGGGAUGCGACUUUCUUCCACGACCCUCGAGAAAAUGCCCUCCGGUAUUGCGCGCGCGGUAGAGAAUGGUGAUACCCUGCCGCAGAUAGCCGCAAAGAUGAUGAUCAACGGGGACGCCCAGUCCCAGUCCUUGUCCCCGCUCAACCUGGGCAGCCCGGCUGGAGACCGCACUCCCGAAGGAACAGAUCCCAAGACCAACCGUGAUAACGAAGAAGCCAUCGACGAUCGACCCUCGUCGACGUCGUCUCCACAGGUGAAGGUCAUAUCUCCAGGUCCUGAGGCGCCUACCCCCAAGAACAACGAGGAAGAACCAGGUGAGUCUAUGGACCAAUCCGCUGGCUUUUUCGACCCAUCGAACAAGAAGGCUGCUCAGAUUCGAGAGCAAUGCGCCAUGGAGACUCUAGACGAUCUUCUGAAUUGGGUAGUUGAUGGUAACGGUUCGGUGGGUAUAUUCGAUGCAACCAACAGCACUCUUCCACGCCGGAAGCAGAUUAUGGAGAAGAUACGCCAGCGAGCAGGCUCAGAGCUCAAUGUGCUUUUCGUUGAGUCCAUCUGUGAAGACAAGAAUCUACUCGAAUCGAACAUGCGCCUCAAACUAUCUGGCCCGGAUUAUGAAGGCAAGGACCCGACCGCAGCAUUGAUUGACUUCAAGAAACGUGUCGAGAUCUACGAGAAGAACUACGUUCCGCUCGGCGACUACGAGGAGGAAAACAACAUGUCGUACGUGAAGAUGAUCGAUGUUGGCCGAAAGAUGAUAUCCCACCAGAUCAAGGGUUUCUUGGCUGGUCAGGCAGUGUACUACCUUCUCAACUUCAACCUCUCCCCCCGUAUGAUUUGGAUCACCCGUCAUGGCGAAUCAGCAGACAAUGUGGCCGGCAAGAUUGGAGGGGAUUCUAACUUGACUGAGAGCGGUCACAAGUACGCUCGGGCCAUGACGCGCUUCAUCGAUCAGCAACGUAUGAAAUGGGAAGUCCAUCUUGCCGACAAGAUCGCAAAUACCCAUUUUCCACCCUGUCCAGGCGAUCAUACUCCCCCUAAUCCGUACUUCAGCACUGGUCAUGAACCCAAGAGCUUCUGUGUCUGGUCCAGCAUGCUGAAACGCGGUAUCCAGACCGCUUCAUACUUUUGCGAGGAGGAAUAUGACCUCAAGCAAAUGCGCAUGCUCGACGAGCUGAACGCCGGUAUGAUGGAAGGUCACACGUACGAGGAGAUCAAGAGCAAGUAUAGGGAAGAGUUUGAGAGGCGAUCGGCCGACAAGAUCUCCUAUCGCUACCCGGGCCCUGGUGGAGAAGGCUACCUCGACAUCAUCCAGCGCAUUCGACCCAUCAUCUUCGAGCUCGAGCGCAUGACGGACCACUGCUUGCUCGUAACCCAUCGAUCUGUCGCUCGUGUCUUGCUGGCUUACUUCCAGGGCCUGAAGCGUGAAGACGUUGCCGACUUGGACUGCCCGCUGGGUAUGCUCUAUCAGAUGGAGCCCAAGCCGUACGGUGUCGAGUUCAAGGCUUGGAGGUAUAAUUCUGAGACGGAUGAUUUCGACCACCUCCCUGACUACAAGCUCCGACGUGCCCCCCGUCCUCUGGUACCCUGA